AUUUUAGUUAUUUAGAGGCUUCGAUUGGGUAAUUUUGGUUUCUCAUUUCACCAGAAUAUAAGAAAUUCCCGUGUGUGUCCAACCAAAAAUAAAACAAGAAAAAUUACUACGAACCAACUAUUGGUUCAUAUUCAUUAUACCGGUGAUAUGAAAUUAUCGGUCUUAUAGACCAAAAACCAUGUUUACACUUCACUUCGUCUUAUCUUUCCUUCAUAACUGGCUCAUAUCUCGUUUUGUAGCAACAUUUGAUUUAAUCAAUGAUAGUGCCUGCUAUAAAAUACGUAAAUAAUGAGUUCACAAAACAAACAAUACCAAAGUGUUAAAUUAGAUAAGAUUCUGAAUGCUUAUCAAAGUGGUACUGAGAAUUCAAAAUUUGUGACUGAACAUGUCGCUAAAGAGCUUGAAAAAGACAAAAAUACGAAAAUAUUAAACAUUUUCUAUGUUAGAAGAACUUCAGUUUUGCAAAAUAAAAAAAAUAAUACUUACAAUAGUUAAGAGAACGGAGGGUUUGAUAGCCGAAACAGAAGCAAUGUUGAUCUUUAUAUGCAAAGUCUAUAUAGGAUAGAGGCUGAAUUUUAGCAAAUGUCAUGUCCGGCAUUUUACCCAGUGUGUAUAAACGCGCAGAAUUUUUAUGUGUUGUUGUGUCCAAGGUAUAUGGAUAUAGAAGGUAGAUUUGUUUAGAGCAAAUUGACAUUUCUCGACCUGACAUAACAGUUCUGUGGUGAUCGAGGGGAAGGGUAUUGAGAAGAGUGAUGGUAGCGUCGGAGGAGGCGCCGGUGGUGGUAUCGCUUGCGAUUUUUUGACGAAAAAUGCAACCAAAUAUCGUCAAUCUUCUGUGGAACAACAUUUGAUAUACGAAGAUGACCCAUAAAUUAGCGAAAUUGCUCAAGGGCUUGAGAAUCGAGGCUGUUUGUUCAUGUUGGUAGCCCCAUACCAUAUGUGUUUGUAAACAAACUCUGACAUAACUCGACUAAAAUGUCGCCCUGUCAAAUCGAUAAAAAUCCACCUUCUAAAUACAUACACCUUGUCCUUGAGCUGAAAUCCAUGCGAAAUCUUUUUGACACUUCGCCGAGAUCAUCAAAAUUGAAAUUGAGAAAAAAAAGAAGAAGGAGUAAACCAAAACAAAACAAACCGCGACAAAGCCGGCAAAGCUACGGAUAAAUUUGAACAUGGAAAAUGCAAAGCCGCAACGUGCGUACGCUCAGAAGAAUACGGAGCUCUGCCUGCGUUUGGCAAAUGCCGUGGAACGGCAGCCGAUAAUAUACACAAAAAGUUCGCGAAAUUACAAAAAUCGCAACUUGCAGAACGACGCUUGGUCUUGCGUCGCAACGGAGGUUGGAACCACAAUCGUUGAGGCUAAGCGCCUAUGGACCAACAUGCUAUGUAGCUUUCGAUCAUAUCGGUCGAAAGUGCGGCAGAACAUGCAUACUGGAGAAGCAUACGAUGAAGUUUUCCGGCCGAGGUGGUUCGCCUACGAGGCGAUGAUGUUCAUGGCGAAUGCCACGGAGGACAACGACCAUGCCGAUACGAGGUGUCCGACAUCAAUUAAAAUCGAGCCAACGGAAACUUGUCGAUCUGUUACACUAUAUGACCGUAUCUGUUCAGGCGUGCAGGUCUGAGUUCAUUUAGCGGUAUACUCAAUGUUUCUCAACUUUCCAUGUAGUGGAGUGGUGUUAUUUUUAUUUUAAAACAUUUAAACAUUUAAGAUUUUUUCUAUGCAACUAAAAUUUACAAAAAGCAA